GCCGCGCGCACAUACGUUAGCAGAACUGCCAACACUAAAGCGAGACAUAAACGCGUAUGUGUGAAGCAGGCGUAAAAAAAAAAAAAAAAAAAAAAAAAAACAAACCGCAACAUGCAUUACGAUGGCUGGGCGUUCAGUUAGACGAAGGCCGACAUAUAGUCAGCACGCGACCACGACGACGGCCGAUCUAGCUCGCCGGUUUCGGACAAUAAUCGCACGCGCGGUGACGCGGUCACCCGUACGUGAAACGAAAAACCUACAGGCUCACGGACCGUCAGGGGUGAGGGAGCUAGGGUGCCGUGUGCCGCGGAAGAAGGACGCGAAAAUUAUACCGAAAUGAGUAAGUCUAUUGUGCGCAUACAAAUACAAUAUACAUUAAAAUAAUAUUACGAUACCUAAUACACGACGUUAUUUAUUUCCGAAAAAAAAAAAAAAAAAAAACAAACCCAUUAAAACGACUAAAAACUAAAUCCACAGGUUGGGCUGCCAAUCACAAUGAAAAAUAUACUAUCGUAAAUUCAACAGGUAGUCGACGGAUUUCGAAAUUAACGUUAUUUUCGAAAGUUCCUAUUGCAACGUGCCCAGUGACUUGAAUGAGUAAAAAAAUGUGUACUUUGGUGUUUUUUUUUCUUUUUUUUUUGAUAAUUCACUCGUAAGACUCGUCGAGAAAAAUACAACAAAAUUGACAAAAUUAUUACCGACGAAUACUGAAAUUCCGUACAUUUUAAUCGCAUACGAAUAAAUAAUUAUAAUAUAUUAUUAGAACGUGCCGAAUAAAAACACCCAGAGUACCGACAGUUUAGGUAAGGUUAGAUACGUUUUCAAUUAAAUUUUUCUCGAAGUAUCGUUGUAAAAACUAUUUUCAAAUUUAAUAAUUACUAAAAUCUAGGCGCCCGUCUCAAAAACGUAACACUGCAGCAGUGUUCACGUGCGCGUUUGUUCGAAAGUAUGUUUAUUAUUAUUGUUAUUAUUAUUUUUUUUUUUUUAUGAAAAUUCAACAUAUUUCUUCCUCGCGGAUAUUAAUAUUUUGAAACUUAUAAGGUACCGUAAUUUAUAGAUUUUAUUUUAUAAUGUUAUUUUUAAUUGUUAUAGUUACACAUUAACAGUCUUGUAGAGAAUACUUGUAGAAUGUAAUCUGAAUUAAUGAGUAAAAUGUGUUCAGAAUAUUUAUUUCAAUGUUUUUCCAAUAGUUUUUAUUUGUUCGGUUAAUUUACAUAAACUAUCAGUUUCAGAAUAAACAGUUCUGAAAUUAACGUUUAAUCGCUCAAUAUUUUUGUUUAAAUAAAUUGAUUUCUGAUUUGUAUAAUUAAUCAAAUAGGUAUUAUUUGUCAUUCAUAAGUAAAUUUUAGAUUUCGAGUGGAGUGAAGAAGCUUAUUAAACAAACUUAACAAACAAAAUUAAACAAAAUUAAACAAAUUAUUAUUAAAAAAAGAACCUAUUAAAUUAUUUUACUAUAAUAUGGUAUAAAUAUUGUUGACAAAACAUCACUAUCAACUAAACUCCGCUCUGAAUCGGUUUUUCGUAAGCAAUGAUUUAACGUUGUUUACAGGUAUACGAGGCUUGGCUAUUAAAUAACGAGACUGCUUAUGAAAAAUGGUUUUAUUUUAAAAAUUAUUCCACAACCAAAUGUUCCCCUUCAAUAUACUCUCCUCCCCUCUUCACACACCGUUUCAUUCGUUUCUUCCAUUGCUCGAGGCAGUGCUGGAAGUCUGUUUUCGUAAGACCAUUCAGGAGUUCCGCCGAUUUUUGUUUCACCUCUUCCAUCGACUCAAACCGGAUUCCUUUUAAGGCAGACUUUAUCUUCGGAAACAAGUAAAAGUCGCAGGGUGCCAAUUCGGGUGAGUAAGACGCGUGUUCGAGUACUGGAGUGCCUUAAGCGGCCAAAUAACGCUUCAUAGACAGCGCGUUAUGGGCAGGUGCGUUAUCCUGGUGCAAGAUCCACGACUUGUUUUUCCACAAUAUCGACCGUUUCUUACGAACUCAUUCGCGCAAUGUUGCCAAAACUGUCAAAUAGUAAUGUUGGUUCACAGUUUGACCCUCUGGAACCCAUUCAGUCAUCACGAUGCCGUUGAUAUCGAAGAAAACGAUCAGCAUGGUUUUGAAUUUGGAUUACGACUGAAUUGAAUUCCGGUGCACUCUCGACCUUUAGAAAAUAAUUUAUGCCACUCAAAAACACGCGCCCGAGAUAGCAAAUCCUGACUAUAGGCAUCUUUUAACAACUUAUAGCACUCAGUUGAAGUUUUUUUUAGUUUAACGAGAAAAUUUUACGUUUAACCGUUGCUCAUGUUUUUCGUCACACUUUGUUUUCGGCAAGAGAAAAAAACACGUUCGUUUCUAAACGCUACAGAAAAAAUACUAAUGCACUAACAAAAACCCAAUUGGGUACUAGCAUAAUAGACACUUCCAGCUAAUCAGCGCUGUAUUCGGUUUUCCCCUAACCUUUUUGGAACGCUCUCUGUGCGCGCAGUCUCGUUUUUUAAUAGCCAAACCUCGUACGUAUUAUACGACUAACUAGAUAAUACGUAUUUUCUACCAGAAACGAUCACCUUUUAAGUUGAUGAUCGGGGCAAGAUUACUGGUAGAAAAGUUGUUUACAGACAGAAAAAAAACCCGCUACGCGUUACGUUGUGGAGCACGAGGCGUUAAUUUUUUCCAAUUCUUAUAGUUCCUCUUUUUUUAUUUUUCCAAUUCGAGCACUGAACACUGCAUAUUGUGUAUAUUAAAAAUACAUUUAUUCGAAUACUUUGCAACACUGCCCUUAAGUAAUUAUCACAUCACUUGUGAAUGAUGAUUAAUAGUUUAAUAUAUUUAAUUUUUAAAUUAUGUCGUAGUUGUUAUUAUAAAACGAACAGUGUGCACCUAUAAUAUUUUUAUCAAUUGACUCGUGACGCGACUACUCGGUAGCCGUUUUUAAUUACUGCCAUAAAAUAAGUUAAUGAAUGUUAAAUUUUAUUCAUCUAGCAUCUACAAUUUGUGCUCGAUCGUUUAUCAAACAAGAUUUUCCCGUCGUCGUUCACGUGACAAAAAAAAAAAAAAAAAAAAAAAAAAUGAAUCGAAAUAUUACAAUAUAGGUGUGUAAUAUGUAGGUAAAUUAAAAACUGUGUAAUGUUAACAAUACUCAACGGGAAAAGCAACCGUAUUAUCACGUACGCAAAGAACGCUUUGUAUGUAUUUUUAAUCCGCAAUGUGGAUCGGUUUUAUACGGUACUGCGAAAAAAAAUUCCGUUUAUUCCAUAACGUCGUGUACAACAAGACGUCUCCAUCAGCCGUCAGCAUACGAGUCGUAAUUUUCGAACGGGACGCAACGACGGUUUCGCCUCUUCACGAGGCCCCCCGCAAUACCCGUGAAUAAUAAAAAAAAAACAUUCCCGCGCAUUCGCAACGAUGGAUACGUGUUGUAUUACACAAUUUUUUCCGCGAUGCCUUAAAACUUGGUAAAUAAAUUACGCGAAUAUUACUUAUAAGUCAUAUAUAUUAGUCAUUAUACUCGUGCGGUUUUUAGCGCAUAAUACUUUCCCCGGCAACGUAUACCUAAACGCCUGUACGACGCUGCCCUCCGGAUCGCGAGAGUUUUUCACUUGCCCCCCGGGUGUUACCGGCUACAAUGCAUACUCUCGUCUCUAUACAGUAUUGUAGGUACCUAUAUAGCUAAAUAAUUUGCUUUGCUUAUUGGUAAACAGGUGCUACUAAGAGUGUGUGUGUUUUUUUCUUUCUAUUUGUUAUUCGAUUUGAAUAACUAUGCGUAAGUGCAUCGUCAUUAUUCGUGAUAACAUUCGAUAUAUGGCGUAUGUGUAUUACAGAUAGGUCUAUAACAGUUAUACUGUGCUCACGGGGGGGGGGGAAUCGUGACUACACAAUAAAUAACAAUAUGAGUACCUAACGCCUAAUUGAGAUUUUUUAAUAAAUUGCCAAUGGUUUAAUUUUGGAAUUCCGGGCGUAAUAGCGAGGAAUGUGGAAUGUACAGGUUUUGUUCACAUUAUGAUGUGCGAUUUUUUUUUUUUUUUUUUUAACGAAUUUUCGAACAAAUAUUGGUCGAAAAUCUUAUUGAAAUUUUUUUGUAGAGGUUUGAAUUUAGUUUAUACGUUGAGAAAGUCGUUUUUGAUUUUCCUUCUAGUCUCCUUAAUGAUGGGGAAAAACGGGAAACUAAACGAUUCGUUUUCUCUAAUGAGAGUAACAAUAACCGUAUUAUUAUUUACAUAGGUGCACUAUUAGCCUACCAUUGAAGGUUUUUAUUAUUUGUGGAAGUAAUUUCAUCAUAAACAUUUAGAUUGUUGUUCCGUUAAUAGCGUAUAAGAAUAAAUAAUUUUUAGUUUCUGAAUGUAACGUAAAAGUAAUUAUAGUUCUAAUACGCUGUAUUAUUUUCUCGGGAAUCAUCUUUUCGGCAAGUAAAAAUGCUCCGGUUUUUUCACGUAGUACAUUUAACGAUGCGAUUGAAAAACGACCGGUAGUACUUUAUCUGAAGAAAAUAUUAUCUAUAUUCCCGACAGUUUUUCGAUACGAUUUUAAAAACUAACAACAAAUGUCGAUACAUCGGUUUUAUUUUUGUUGAUUUCUGGGUUACUGUGACCGAAACCACGACUGAUACUACUUUGCUAAGAAUCUAUUUUUUCGUACGCGAUGAUUUAACGUUUUGUACAGUACAUGAACUUAAUUACCCUAUGUAUCCUAUUUUUCUAGUUACCAACUUACAACAGUGAGCAAGGUUACAAUUUAUCAGUUUUCGUUUUAAAGUUUUUGUUUUUCUGAAAUUAAAUUUUAUCUAGAUGGCACUUAAAAGUCAUUUUUUAAUUUUCCAAGCGAUCUUCAAAAUAAUUGGGAAAAACCGGUAAAAAAACUCAGGAAAAACAGGAAAAUUUACGAAAUGUUUAAUUUUCAAUUUUUGCUUUUCGUUGGAAUUCAGUCAAAAAUAUUCGUAGAGACUUGACGUUCGGAAAACAAACUUAUAUUUACCUUUUUUAAACUAGGUAAAAUUUUUAAAAUAUUUCAACCAUUUAGAAAUAUUUAUAGAUAUUUUAUUUUUACAAUUUUUUAUAUAAUUUUUAUUAGGUAGAUACUCUGUGGAUAAAAUUGUUUGACCAAACAGAAAUACUUAAAGAUUUAACAGGAGAUUCAUUAUUAGUCUUACUUUUUAGUAAAAAAAAAAACAAAAGAAAAUUAGUGUAUUGUAGAAUUUUUUUAUAGGAAAUUUAAUAUUAAAUUUUGACAAAUACCGUAAUUAUUACGGCUUUUCAAUACAUGUAUAGCCGAACUUGGCUCAGAAUUGGUUUUCGUUAGCAAUUAUUAAUCGAUGCGUACAGAUAUACACUAAAUUUCCCUCUAUAUACUAAUUCCCCACUAUUCUCGCCUACAACAGUGGCCAAACUAUCUUGCGAAUUAUGCCCUACUUUUUCUAUUUUAAAUAUUAUUUUUUAGAAACUGUUUAUGUCGAUUUAUAUUUUAAGAAUGUAAAGGAACUUCAUAAAAUAUAAUAUCUUCACAUUUCGAACAUAUUAGUCAUUUAAUUUUAAUUUUUUAACGAUUCAUACGUUUUAAAAAUUUUUUUAUAAAACAUUUCAAACGUGGAGACUUAUUUAAAAAGCUUCGCGACCCCGUUCGUGAGCGUUUUUAACUUUUUUCAAACAUUGCAAAUCGAUAUACGAUACGCUUAACGUAAUAUUAUAGCAUAUAAUACAGUCUGAAUUCAGUAAACGGAUAAAUUUGUCAACAUUGUUGGUAAUUUUCGUGUUAUUUUUUUUUUUUUACAUAAUAUCGUUACGACUGCUGCCAAGACACCUGAAUAAUAAAUACAUACAAAUUCCUGCGAAACGACAUUGAAAUAACAACGGCGCGUUUAAACGCGAGAAUAAUUAAUUAUUACGGCGUAUGCACGUCUUUAAUAAAUUUGUUUAAUAAUGUGUUUAUGUUGUAAAAAAUAUAUUAAAAUUGCAAACUUUAUUUGAACAUUUUUUGAAAAGAAAAAAUACGCGUUGAUUUAUUUAUUUUUUUUUUAAAUAUACGUCGUGCCGGACGGUUUAGCACGUUGCACACAUGUACAUCAUAAACCGAACGUCAUAUUUUUAUUAUUAAACGUUUUAUUAUAAUUUUAUGUAUAUUGUGCGCUGCUGCUGCUGCUGCGUUCAAUAAUCCAACAGUUUGAAGCCGUUAAAAAAAAUGUCGAAGCUCGGAAACCGAGGUAUUCCGUUUUACGCGCCAACGGAAACGUACGUACUUAAUGGCCGUUCGGUUCGGUGCCGUUGAUCGCGCUCGACGCACACGUGGACUUUUAGGUUAUCGUUUUUCUACUCGCGGCGCGCCGUAUAAUAUUUCUGAUUUUUUUAUUUUUUAUUCUUCGUCCAGAUACAAUAAAAUAUCAAUAUAAACACGAAACGCAACUGUAAACAUUGGAAACGGUAGUUGACGUUCAGAAAAAAAAAAAAAAAACAAAAAACAAAAAAACGUAAACACAUGCGAUAAUAAUCAUUAAAAAUAAAUACGGUGUAUUAAUAUGCUAUCUGUUCGUAAUGUAACAUACCGUAAUAAAAUUAUUGAAUUAGUAUGUAUUCACAGCGCGUCGCGUUCAAUGGAUAUUUUCAUAGUUCGUAUUAUCGUAUUCUAUAAUUUCGUAUUUAUAUAUUUUAUGGCGUACCGACGAAAUCGUUACAAAACUGGUUUCGAUACAAAUGCAUAAUUGAAUACCUCAGACUGAAAUUGAUAAUAUGUUUUCUUUGUCGUAAACGAACGCUAACCGUGAACGUUGCGAUAUUGUUUGUCUUUCAAUAAUAAUAUUGUUAACGAGAAAAAUUUUUUAAAAAAAUCGCACACCGGCGACGGCGGCGUUACAGAAUCGUGCACAGUCACGUAUCAAACGUUAUUUGGAAACCGCCGGAGACGACUACCGCUCGUCUGUGUCAGUUAAAACCGCCGCCUGUGAUAUACUUGCUCGGCCGAUUGUAAUUCUGCAGUGUCGUGUUCGUUAUUAAUACUAUAAAUAGGUACCUAUCUACAAAUUGACACGUUCGUCCGAAUAUUAAACGGACGUUUACCACCGUGGCAGCAUGAUAAUGAUUGUCAAUACAGUGCAGAGACGUAUUCGCUCAUUUUCGGCGCAUCGGAAUUCCGAGCUGCACACUUUACACUUUUUAUAAUUUUGACGGUUUUAGUAGAAAUGUAAACUUAUAACGCUUAUGGGAAAUAACUACUGCUGCUUGGGUGAAUUCGUUUUUUAUCUUCACCACUAAGUACAAAACUAUGAUGUGUAAUGUUUUCAAGCAUGUUGGGCCAAAUACCUUAUUUAUCAUUUAUAAGUAGUUUAUGGGAACACACACCUAAUAGACUCUCAAGUCUACAAGACUACAAAUAGUACCUUAAAUAGGGCACUCGUGUACUGCUGAUUAUUUUUGUAAACUGCAAACAUUGGUUACGAAUUAGGAUAACAAAUCGUAUCAUAGUUUCCUGUUAGCACCUAUUACACGUGGGUCUGGCGUUUUGUGUACACAUAUUAUAUUGUACAUUUUACGAAAUUGUAUACAGGCAUACAAUAUACAUAUUAUAUUAUAUAGAUAUAGGUAUCAUGUUAUUAUAAUGUUUCAAGAAAUAAGAAUAUUAUAUUUAGAAUAUAAAUUAAUUUUCUCGUUAAGAAUAAUAGCGCACAAUAAGGCGAAUGAUAUGAUGUGUUUUCGGCGAUGACAAUGAAGGCGGGGUACAAAACCUUUUUAAAACAUAGUUUGCUUGUCAAAACAAUACCUGUGCACGUUUCGGUUGAAAUUCGGCCCCUCGCCUACUAUAUUAUUUACAACUUAAUUUUCCACACUUUAUAAUAAUGUACAGUGACACCUCAAUGUUGUGUAAACAUUUUUGAUGUAGUGAUUCGUGUUUACAAAAUUAAAAAAAGAAGAGAUGAUACUGAGGAUGGGAGCGGCCACAGUUGUAGGUGAGAACUAGGGAAGGUAGGAUUCUUUAAGGUUACAUCAUUUAUAUCUGUAAGAAAUGAUAAACUAUUACUUGACGAAAGACGAUUCCGAGCGCAGUUCGGUAAUACAUAAUUUGAAGUUCCGUAAUUUUUUUUAGCGAUCUUCGUUUAAAUUUGAUUUAAAAAUGCUUAUUAAAAGGAAAAAAAGUUGUCUCAUGAUUUAGACAUAUUUUUUCGCGUCUAGGUAAGUUUAAUAUAAGUAUUAUUACCAAGUUUCAAAUGUCUACGUGUAUUCAUAACCGAAUUACAGCAAACAAAUUCUCAAAUAUUAAAAUUCUUUAAAAGCUCAAAGGUUUUGGCGAUGAUAUCAUAAGAAAGUAAAUUAAAAAGGCAACAAAAAUAUAUCUUGUGAUAUUUCGAUCAAAUCAUUUUUUCUGGUAGAAAACGUCGUCCGUGUAUUUUUAAAAUAAUGAAAUCGUGAAAUCGUACUUUUUCUUACAUUUUUUCCUACAUAAGUGCUUUUAUUUGAAAAAAAAAAUCAAAAAGUGACAUCUUUAAAGUAAAAUUUAAACAACUCAAUUUUUCAGAAAAGUUGCUACACGUAAAAAUCAGAGCAAGUUUACUAGGAAAAAACGUACCAACAGACUAGAACAAUGGAAAAGAAGAAAGAAUUAAAACAGCAUUAUAAAACAAAUAGCUCCCUCGUUAUGCUCAGAAUCUAAAAAAAAAUUCGAAUAUAAUGAAAUCGUUUUUUCCGUUAAAUACCCCGUAAUUUCUACUUUUUUUCUCGUAAAACUGUAAGAAAAUACCAAAUGGUACUUUAUAUGCUUCUUUUGAAAUUUACGAUUUCUAAUACAAAAAAAACUAAAAUAAUGAAAUUAAUUGUUCGAAUUUGUUCGUUUUUCAUUCAGGUUUUUUCCCAGAUUUCUUCCAAAUAUUAUGCCUACUUGAAAAAUCAUAAAAAGAUCUUUCCAAUGCACCAAUUAAAUCCAAAAAGCUAAAAAAAAAAAGGCUCUUUUGUCUUUUUUCGAUUGUAUUAAGAAUUUUGGUGGACAAUGACAAAUUUGAGGGGAUGCAAUGAAGGAAACUUCCUUUCCCUCCCCGAAAGCUUGUUUUACAAAGAUAAAUUAUUGAUAAAAACAAUAAAUUUAAAGACUAAUAGUUAAUAGUUAAAUGUUUAAUACAUUUUUCACGGGAAAUCUUAUUGUAAACAUCAACACCAAGAAUGAUUUUUGGUAGAACAUUUUGUCGAAUUGGUGUAUUAGAUUACUAAUGCUUUUUAAUUUUACUUUUACUUUCUUUCUUAUUUUUUAGUACCGUUUAGAUCUUGGUCAUCCAAAAAGCCUCGACUGCUGCCAUUUUUACUUUUCUUAAUAAUAGAGGAAACAUUCGGAAAAACGGGGAUUUCUAUAAAACAUCGGUUUCCGUUAAAAUAAAAUGAAAAAUGUUUAACCGUCUGCAAUGAUUCAUCUGUACAUAUAGUAAUGAACUAAAUUAUUAUUAUAAUAGAAUUAUAUAAAUAAUUCUACUUUAAUUUAUUAUUAUUAUUAUUAUAACUUGACAUCAAAAAAACAGAAAGCAGUACAUUUUUUAAUGAUCUAACAUAAAUAGUAAUCGUUUGUAUAGCAUUUUUCUGCCAGAGUAGAAAGGAUCCAAACUUUUAGUUUCUCCUAAAUAAAUAUUUAUACAUUUAAAUAUAUACAGAUUGAAGUUUUAUUUUAUUUUAUUUUUAAUUUAUAGAGUUAAAGGGAUCAUUUUGAUAUGAGCCCUGAAGUCUCCAUAAAUCUAAUUCCGGCCCUGCUAGUAUUGAGUAUGGUUCGUACUCUACAUACAAAUCGAAAGGCUAGGUACCCGAACGUCACUGAAAUUCCAGUGAUAAUAAUCACUGUGUAUAUUGAAUAAUAUUUUCAGAGUUUGAAGUUAUAGCGUUGAAGUGUAUUCAAAUAAAUACAAUUAAACUUUUAUAUUAUCGUAUAUAUUUAUUAUAAAAAACGAUAUGAUCACAGGCUUGCAUCUUAUUAUUAUCAGUUAAUUAACUAUUGAUUUCUUUAGAUUUUCUAAUAGAUUGAUACCAAGUCUAUUAUUAAAAAAUAACUCAAAAUAGACUCAACAAACUUAGAAGAAAAUAAAAAGGUAUAUAAAUAAAAUUAUCUUAAAAAAAAACUGUUGUUCUUUUGAGCCAUCGCUUUAUUACGAUUCAAAAAUAUUAAAAUCGUUGAUAAAAAUAAUUGAUUUAUUAUUAUUACACGUAAUAUAAUAUCGUGUUUACUUAAAAAAAAAAAAAAAAAACCAAACAAAAAAUGCAUUGUCUUAAAAUCGUUCACUACGUCGUCCAUAAUUAUAUAUGUUAAACCUUGAAUAUACGAACACGCAAUUAUUAUCUAAUUAAAGGUAUCAAUAAAUGUAUCGUAGAUAAUAUUAAUGUUUUUUUUUUUUUGAGUAAUUAUUAUUGUCCGAGUUUAGUAUUUUGUGGGACGUUUCGAGUGGAUUUUUAAGUUUUGAAAUAUUUAACUGUUGAAUUAAUCGCAUUUAUCAUUAGUUUCCCGUUAUAUUUUGGGUAAUGCACAAUUAUACAAUUUAAUGGAUAUUAAACAUAAAAGUUAUAAUUUAUUUGUAUACUAUAGUGUUUUCCCUUUUACGGUUUUUUUUUUUUUUAAACUUCCUCUCCUAACAAUGCCUAGUAUUGUUCGAAGGUCAUGUGAACGAUAUAAUUGUGUGGUCGAUCAAAUGAAUAGAGACAUUUGUCAUGAACAGUUCGGAUGUGAAGGUUCGGCCGUCCGCAGGAUUAAAAAAUUUAUUUUCAUUACUAUCAAGAAUUAAAAUAAGAUUAAAUUUGUAAUCACGCGUAUUAUUAGACUGGUACGUCUUCACCAAUAUAAAUUGGCUUGAAUUUCUGGAAAGAAAAAAAUGCAUUCGAUCACGUUUUUAUUUAAAAAUUAUUAUUUCAUUAAAUUGAUGAGGUUUUUAUUUUUUUUUAUUUUCAAUAGGUGACGACGAAGAUUUAGCGACAAGUAAACUAAGAGGCGAUGAGCCCAAUGUCAUCGAUCCUGGAUCGGGCUAUUCGAAAUUGUAAGUGAAUACCCAACAAACAGUUAAAAACAAUACUAUAUAGGUAUCUUGAUCAGGGCAAUGUCCAAUAUGUGGCCUAUCGUUAAAUUGUUGUACCAGUAUAUCGCCUAUUCGCAAUCAAAUAGUUCGUUUCAGUAAAUAUGCGUAAUAUUUUGUUGCCGUUUCGCUUGCGUAUUUUCAGUAUUCCACGCAACACAUACCCAUCAAUCUUCGACUAUUCACAUGUUUUUUGAUAUUCGUUUUUCGUGGACAAAUUACAUUCUUGUAAAAAUUUAACACACGAAGCUCCCUCAUUAAUUAUAUCUACACCAUACCAAAUAAUUAAUCUAUGAGCAAUGUUAAUGGAUCUCGCGAAACGCCGGGAACACCGCAACACUUACGACACACGAUCAGGGAUUAAACUACGUGUCCUGUGAUCGCUGUAAUUUCUUAUUUAUCCGUAUACUUUACUUUUAUCUGUAUUUUAUUUGUUUGAUGAUUUCUAUACAAAAGUAACCACCAACACGUUAUCAAUGGAUUCAUUACAUUAUAGUGGAAAACCAUAAUAGUUGAUUGAAUUUCAAAGCGAGUUACGUAUACUGGAGCAAACAGAAUUCGGCGCUAGACCAAAUAUUGGAUCUAUAUCCUUAAUUAUUUGAUUUUCGAAUUUAUCAUUGACGAUUGAUUAUGAAAAAUGCCUAAAAAAAUAAAUCACAACAAAAUCAUUAAAAUAAACAAACUAAUUUCAAACUGCCUACACAAAACAAACUUCCGCGUUUGAAUUCUCCAUAAUUUUAAUCGAGUUUGUAUACCGCCCCGCUGUUUUAAUAGAUACCUAAAUCCGAUGCGUGCGGACAAUUUUUGCAUAUGUCUCGAACCCUGUUUAUAUUAUAUCGAAGUUAUACACGUAUCGCGCUCGGUCAUAUAAUAAUAACCAAGUGCCACAAUAUCCGUGGCCAUUUACAAUUUGUAAAUAAACAAUAUAGAUAUUUGUUUUUGUAUCAUUUGCAUAAUACAUACUUGUACCACUCAAAUCAAUAUGCUAUCCAAUAAUAUAUUAUUGAAAUCGUUAAAAUACCAACACGUCACUUAAAAACAGCGUCAUUUACUAAGAAUAGUCAUUAGAACUGCAAUUGCACACAUGUUCGCUGUACUAUACAUUAUAUAGGUUUUAAGUCGAGUAACCGUGAAUAAAUUAGUCGUAUUUAUUGACUAGACGAAUAAAAUAAUUGCGAUUUUUUUUUUUUUUUUUUUUACGAUUCUUUAAGGAAGUAUCUCGCUAUCGUUUUGAAAUCAAUGAAUCGUAACUCACAAUAAAUGACAUACAAAUUAUAUCCAGUAUAAUAAACAUUGCUGUAUUUAAUAUAAUACAUCCUUGAGACGUUAUAUUAUUUUCGUGUCAAGGAAUAAUAUAAUAAUUGAAAAAUCAUCAUUACAUUUUAAUUCGCGUAGAAAAUACAAUAAAAUAAAAAAACCGAUUGAAUUUAUAUUUGGAUUCGUAAUCCUAAAAAAAAAAUAUAAUCUGAUACCCCAAACAGGUUCAAAAACAAAAGGGGAAGCCGAAGAUGGUACUACAUAGUUUUAAUAACAUUAGUAAUUAUCGUAUUUGCAGUGCUCGUUUUAGCCGUCAUCGGAAUAUCGUAUGCCCGUGAGUAUAUUAUUACCCGUUUCGAAACAAUUAUUAAUUAAUUAUUAAUAAUUUAAACAACGAUUAUUAUUAGAUUUUCGUAUUUGAUUUGUUUAAAUAGACUUUAAAUCCGUCAGUCAACAGCAUACGAAAAUAUGUACAACGGAAGACUGUUUGAGAUCCGGUUAGUAUAUUGUAAUUGAACGCACAUAAUAUAUUAUUGUAUUGGUGUGAAAAAGUUAAUAGUCCUGUCCAUAGAGUACCUAUAUUUUUCAAAAAAUAAUAACAUUGUAUACGUUACAUUAUUGCGGCACAGCCACGGCGUUUGUCGAGUCGAUGAACAGAUCUGUAAAUCCGUGCGAAGACUUUUAUCAAUUCGCGUGCGGACGUUACGGCAACAAGCACCGAAUACCCAAAACUUUUGUCUCCAACGAUCCGUUUGCCGAAACAAACGAUAAAAUGAUUACAUUCAUCAGAGGUAUGAACUGCUCUGUCCCUACUGCGCUACUUAUAAUUAGGAAACGGAUUUAUACGCGCAUAAAAUCCACAAAAAAGUGCUUAAAAGUGUCGAAAAAAACUCUACAAAUAUUUUAAAAAACAAAAAUAUUAGAGGAGUAUAAAAGUAGAAGCACUUUAGUGGCUCUAGCUUGUUAAAAAUAAGUUUCUAACACUUGAAAAAUUAUUAACGCGAGUUAUGUUUUUUCAAAUAAAAUUAUACACAUUAUAUAUAUAUAUAUAUAUAAAAAAAAAAUAAUUUGUGUAAUCAUUCUUUAUUAUUAGACAAUUUUAUUUAAUAGAGUUAGAAACGUUAGGGUGGACCCUUUUUAACCCCUCUGUCACUUUUGCUUUUUAAAUACUUUUAAGUGACUUUUUCCAGGACUAUUUUUGAUGACUUUAACAGUAUUUUUUGCGAAUUUUAAAUGCAUAUAAAUCCGCUCCAUACUUAUUAUAUUAUAUCAAGUAGCGUGAAAUCACGCGCUGAUUUACAAUUAUUGCUCUUAAAUAAUUCUAUUGGGUUUUUUGUUUGUUAUAGAUUACAUGGAAAAAAACGACGAUGACAAUGACCCGUAUGCCUUAGUGCAAUCGAGACAGUUGUAUCGUUCGUGUAUGGCCACAGGUACGGUCACAGUACUCGAGCUUUAUUAUAUUUUUUAAUAAUCCGGAUUUAAACAGGAUAUUUUUAUGAUUUAGACGAAAUUGACGCGGCCGGACUCAAACCGAUGAUUAAUAUAUUAACCGAAAUCGGUCUACCACACUUGGGCAUUCCUAUAAAACAUUCUAAGAAAAAUUCGUUAUCGUCGAUUUUGGCGAAAGUCAAAAAGUAUCUGAACUUGGACUAUUUGUUUUCGACCACCAUUGAUCCGGAUACGAAAAAUCGGACGCUCAAUAACAUCAGUCUGAGCAAACCGAGAAAUAUCAAUAUAUUCCCCGUGUAAGAAUUAAAAAAUAUUUCUAAUUUAUACUCUAAUCAGACGACUUAUGUUGAUGUGUAUACAAUUUUCACUGUUUAAGUCACAAGAUGACAGACAGAAUCGUUAAAAUGAGUUCGAGAAAAAUGCGAGAAACACUGGCUUCCGAAGAGACGAUAGACAGUGAAACCGAAAACGAAGAUAGCGAAAGAAUUCAAUACAUAGAAUCGUACGGAAAAUAUUUCAAUGGGAUUUGGAUGGAGAUUUAUAAACACGAAUUCAAUAAUACGCAAAUGCCCAAAUCCACAUUAAUUCAUGAAUUAGGAGCCAAAUUGAAAGAAUUACUAGUGUUUGAUAACAAACUUAUGACUGUACGUAAAUGAUAUUUUAAGCGAUCGUAACAUUAUUGAUUUAAUAUUAAUAUUUGUUUUUAUCAAUCUGGACGGUACAAAUCAAUAAGCUAUACCUACUUUAUUUUAGAUUAAAGACGAAGUAUACGAAACGGACCAAGAACUACCGACGAUUAUGACUGUAGAGAAAUUGCAAAAGUUUACGGACGAUAUAACACAGAACUUCUCUAAAGUAAACGAACCAACCGUAAGUUACGUUGCGUAACCAUUUUAUAACAGUAGUCUUCUAAACAAUUACAAUCAUUAUUCACAACACUAUAUCAAAAAACAUUGUAAAAAAAUGUAGUGACAUCCGCCGGUUACCAAUUAAUAACUACGUACGUAGCUAUAUUACUAAAUCCAAAAGAUUGUACUAAUUAUAAGUUGAUUAUUAAAAGGCCCAGAUAAUAACAAAAUAGUUAUUUCGUAUAUAUUUGAUUUCUUGAUAGAAUUUUUGCACCAGCAGUAAAACCACGAAAUUCACUUAGCAUUCGAAACACCCAAAAAAUAUACAUACGUUUGUAUAGAGCCGCAGAAUAUGUUUUCCAAUAAAUUCUUUUAACAAAUCAAAUAUCAUUUUUUCUUAAACUUUGGUUUUGAUUUUUAUAAAACACCUAUCUAUCAAACGGAAAAAUUAUUUUAAAAAUCCAAAAUUACGACAGUGGUUUUGAUUUUGUAUUGUUCGAUAAUGCUCGAAUUUCGGUUUGAAACAAUUAUUAACCGAGUGUUUGAAUAUAUAUCAGGUGUUUACAAAUUUCAUGUUUUAGAUCGACUGGAAGGAAUACUUUACGAUUUUAUUCAAGGACGUGGACAACGUUUCGUUAGAUUUCGACACCGAUUUCAUACAUAUCUCUAAUAUCGAAUAUUUCGACGCGCUGUUCAAACUUCUGAUCAACAGUUCCGAGACGCAAAACUGUAAAUAUAAUAAACGGAUAAAUAAUAAUAAUCAAUGACCACAUCGUGCUUAAUGUUAUCGUUUAUAUACACACGAUUAUAUUUCAGUGUUAAACAUAUGGUGGGAGGUCGUUGUAACCCUCAUACCGUACACGAAUAAUCAGUUGCGAUUCGUCCAGGACAGAUUCUACUUCGAUACCACUGGUUUGGAAAGCAGUCCUAGAUCGGUUUAUUGUGCGAACGCCGUAAACUCGAUGAUGGGAAUGGCUGUUGCCCGGGCGUUGGUAGACAUAGAAUCGGUAAAAACCAACACAAAUAUGGUAAGUGUUCAUAGUAGUGAUAAUAAUAAUAAUAAUAAUAAUGGAAUAAUAAUCAUCGAAAAACGAUCGCGAACAAACAAACAAAAUUCCAAAUGGAGAUAUAGAUUAAACGUUAUAUUUGGCUGAUCAAAUAUUGCGUUAACCAAAAUCGAACAUUGUAAACAACUACUGGGCGAUCGAUCAACAUGACAAUCAUUAUCUUGGACAGUAUUCAUUUUUUGAGUACCUAUAAAAUGUUACAUUACUCUCUUAUUUUUUCUUCUUUUUUUUUUUUUUUUUGGUCACCCUUACUUUAUGACCUAUAUUAAAAAUUUGAUAAAUAUAUGGAAUGUUAGUUUAAAUCAGUGUUUAAAUAUCCGUUAACCCUUAGACGAGAUAUCCCACUUUUAAGUUUUAACGGAGAUUGAGUGGUGAUACAUCAUUUGUGUGGCGGCACCACGGCACGUGGCGUUUUUGUAGUGUUCCACAACUCUGUGUUCACUCUCUCCGUACCUAACUUGUAAUAUCUCAUGAACGGGAAUCAAAAAUGUCAACAUCGAAAUGUAUUUAAAUUAUUACUCGCUAUCUGUGUAUUGGAUUUUUAUUAUAGGUCGUCGUUUGAAAAUCAAAAGUAAUUAAUGGUUUCGCCUCCUAAAAUAAUUGUGAAUAAUUGAGUAAUGCAACAUUUUAUGACUACCUAAUUAUUUCUGAAAUGUUCUCAAAAACAAAUUCCGAACAAAUUUAUUAUUUUCCGAAAUAAUGAUUGUCUUACGUUUUGUCGUUUUGUCGUUUUAUCACACUGUAUAUUAUGUAUUACAUAAACUCGAGAAAUGUUUGAAAUCUUAAAAUCGAUUAAACACAGAUCAUAAUAUUAUAUUUUUCCUUAUUACGGCAGCGUUAAAAACCUUACAAAAACGUAAUAAUAAUAAAAAUGUUUAGGCAACCAAUAUGUUGUUAAACAUUCAUUGGGCGUUUGAGGAAAUAGUCAAAGAGUUGAAUUGGAUGGACGAUACGACUAAAAAAUUGACGCUAUACAAAGCUAACCAGAUGAAAAUGUUUGUCGGAUAUCCAGAAUUCAUCAAAAACGGGUCCGAACUCAAUGCAUAUUACAGUGAUGUAUUUCGUACAAAAUUAAAUAAACAUUUUAUUUGAUAAUGUUACCAUUGUUAUUAUUUUGAAAAAUAUAUUUUGUUUUUAGUUCAAAGUGGUAGAAAACGAUUAUUUUGGAAAUGUCAUACGUUUCGUGCAAAGAGACUUAAACAACACGUUGGUGCUCCUCAGAGAGUAUAACGAUUACUCUAUAAACUCGUAAGUACAAAAGUACUGUAAAUGCGACCACACAAAACGAGAACUCGAAUAUUGAAGAUUUUUUUUUUUUUUGUUAGAUGGAGCACAAAUCCCUUAGAAGUAAAUGCGUACAACUGGAUUCAAGCGAACGCAAUAAGUAAUUUGUGCCAUUAUACAAAACAACAAACUCGCAAUAACGUAACAAUAUAAUAUGUAUAAUUAUAUAUUUUUUUAGCCAUACCUGCUGGGAUAUUACAGUUUCCUUUCUUUGGCCACGACUUGCAGUAAGCGCAUACCUAAAUUGUUUUAAAAUGAAUAUAAUAUUUGUUCAGUUAUUAAUCGUAAUAUUUGUGUAGAGUGUUGAACUACGGAUUUCUCGGCUCUAUACUUGGACACGAAUUGACCCACGGUUUCGACAACACCGGUCGUAAGUUUGAUCACGAUGGAAACGAAAACAUGUGGUGGACAAAUAAAACCAUCAGCGAAUACGAAAAACGUAGCCAAUGUUUCAUCGAUCACUACGAAUCGUAUUUAUUGCCCGGGAUCGAUGAUAAGGUAUUUUCAUUCGAUACCCAUGACUUCAGCCUUUUUCCGAAUUGACGGAAACUUUAUCCAUUUUUUAUAAACUAUUUUAGAUUAACGGUAAACUGACGCUGGACGAAAAUAUCGCAGACAACGGUGGAAUUCGGGAGGCGUUUAUGGCUUACAAGAAAUUUGUAACCAACCACGGCGAAGAAAGUAAACUACCCGGAUUAGAAGAAUUCACCAACGAACAAAUAUACUUUUUAGCUUUUGCGAAUGUGAGUUAUUUUACAAGUUUGGCAUCUACCGAACAAAAGCGUAUAAUCACGAAUAUUAUUUUAGAAUUGGUGUGAAGCGUCGACAUUGAUGUCACUGUCGCAAAGCCUAUUGGACGAACACAGUCCGAAUUAUGUACGAGUAAUAGCAGGGCUGACAAACUCCGAAGAAUUUAGCCAAGUGUGGAAUUGCCCUAAAGGCACACGAAUGAAUCCUACAACCGAAAAGUGUAAAAUAUGGUAACCGCGGAAAGAAUUGAUUUUAUAUAUUAAUUUUAAAAGUCAAUAACAUGUCCAUAAAAAGAUAUCAAUAAUACUAUUUUUUUUUUUUUUAAUUGUAACAACAAUUAAGGUAUACUUUAACGUUAAUGCGUAUAAAUACCGUUAUUUUACCCGGAAUAAUUAUUUAUUUUUGUAUAAUAUAAAAUAACUAAAUAUUUUCCUACUCGUUAACAUAUUGGUCAUACACAGUAUUAUUAGGUCGCUGAUUGGUCUUACUCGUUGUAGAUGUUGGAUUCAAUACGGAUAGUUUUUGAAAUAGCUGUAUGAAUUGGUAUUUCAGUAAAAUCUGGUCCAAAAUGUUAAAGGCCAUUACAUAUUUUGGGGGAAUUCGGUGUUAUAGGCAUUACAAUACAUUGUACAGCGUGAUAUUCUUUUCAAAUGUAGCGAUUUUGUAGAUGAAUUCUAAACGUUUUCGAUAUAUUUUUUUUUUUUUUAACCGAGUUAAAUUGAAACUUUUGUUUAUAUUUUAACUUUUAAUUGAAGGUUUUCUCUCGGCUUAACUAAGUAUUAAUUAUUUUGCUCAUCGUUGUUACUUUUUAUUUACGUUUCGGAAAAUACAGCUACCCAUACAUAUAUAUAUAUAUACGCAAAAACACGCAUAAUAUAGUUGUUUAUUAAUUACCUGAUUUGAAGUAUUAACAAUAUGAUUAUUAUUAUUUGAAGACCUAACGAACGAGCGAUCGAAUAAUUAACUAAAAAACAAUUCGUCUAUUAUAAGUGUUUCUAAAAAUAUCUAGUCAUUCUCUACGUUGUCGCAUUAACGAAAUUUUAUAUGCGUUAACGUUAAAUAUAUAUAUAUUAUUGUAUUCUUGCCUAUAAAAUCAUAGCUAUAAGUUACAUAAGAUGCCAUCAUUUGUUACCGAAUUUUGUGAUACAUAUUGUCUCUUAUUUAUAUUGAAAGAUUUUUGUAAAUUUAAUAAUGUUUUUAUCUUUCGAAAUUAUUAUUAUUACUAAUUAUUAAAUAUAAGUACAAUAUAUUAAUAUUAAUCUUGUUCC